AUUCCUUUACCCGUUGAGUUGUUCCACUACCAAGAAGAAAAGGAAUUCGGGAUCACUAUUCAUCGUGAGGAUCUGAUUGAAUUUCUUAAGGGCGAUUCUCUGGAUAUUAGCAUUGUUCAGACUUUUUUAUUUUGUAUCAAGCAUAAACGGGAUGAACUUGGUUGUGAUGAUGUUGCAUUGUUAUGCCCAUCAAUGUGCUCUCAUAAAGCUUAUCAAAUUGACAAGAAGGGUACAAUGACAUAUUUCAAACAUGCCUUAAAUGUCAAUUUUGAGAAAAGAAUGAUCUUCUUGCCAUAUAAUGAAGGGUUUCAUUGGAUCUUGAUUGUGAUUUGUCCAACAGUUGAUAAAGGCUUCAUCUUUAACUCUAUUCUAAGUGGAUCUAGCUUUGCCAUACAAAAAGACUUGGGAAU